UUGUUUUUUCCCGGGCUCCAUCCUCCCUGUGUGCUGGACAAUGAGUCCCCCCUCAUGCUAAUGAGGAGCUGACGCCACAUCCGAUCUUUCUCGGACGCCAUUUUGGCCAGGGCAGGUUCGGAGCCGAGUUGUAUUGUCUGGUGGAGGCGGAAUUCAAUUUACCCGGCUGCAACAUCCCCUCCUUGGGGGGUAGAUUUUUACCUUAUACCCCACUUUUUAUUUUCUAAUAGUUGCCAUCUUUUCUCUGCCAGCACCCCUAUUUAAGCACCGGCCUGUGGAUAUAUGGAGCGUUUAUAUAUUUGUAUUUAACCCAAUUUUUAUCCUCCAUCUUUGUCGGUACACGGCGGUGAGGGGGUGUUCUGUUUGUGAUCUCGGUCUCCCAUGUUGAGGCGGAUUGCCACUGACAUAAAGGCCGCCUAUUGUCCCAGUUCUCCUCCUCCUCCUCUGUCACCUCCACUUGGACCUCACAAGCACACAGUGCUCAUACACAAGAGGAGAGACAGUGUGCCGGACAGGGGUCUUUCACAGCAAAGGAGCCAACCACGUGUUUUUUUUUGUUUAAUGAAGCAAGGAACUAUUUUAAAGAUGUGUAUAGAAGAAUCCAUAAAAUAGAAUCCAGAACUAGAAAGAAUUGUUGGUGCAGUGGCUCCCCAGGUUUUGCUGAUCCCUGAAUAAAAAAUUUAAACUAUGUUCCAGCUUCCUGUCAAUAAUCUUAGCAGUUUAAGAAAAGCCAGAAAAACUGUCAAAAAAAUAUUGGGGGACAUUGGCCUAGAAUACUGCAAGGACCAUGUAGAGGAAUUCAAGCAAUUUGAACCAAAUGACUUUUAUGUGAAGAAUACCUCUUGGGACGAUGUUGGAUUAUGGGAUCCAUCACUCACUAAAAAUCAGGAUUAUCGGACUAAGCAGUUUUGCUGUAGUCAGUGUCCAUUCGCAUCAAAAUUCUUCUCUGCUUAUAAAAGUCACUUCCGUAAUGUCCACAAUGAAGACUUUGAAAAUAGAAUUCUUCUGAACUGUCCUUACUGCACUUACAAUGGGGACCGAAAGACUUUGGAAAUGCAUAUUAAAGUAUUUCAUGCUCCAAAUGCACCUUCACAAAGUCCCAGCAUUAGUGCUUUCAGAGAUAAAACCAAGCAUGAGAUCCUUAAACCUAAACAGGCUGACAGUGUAGAACAAGCUGUUUAUUAUUGUAAAAAGUGCACUUACAGGGAUCCUCUUUACGAAGUUGUUAGAAAGCACAUAUACAGAGAACAUUUUCAGCAUGUUGCAGCACCUUAUGUUGCAAAGACAGGUGAGAAAUCCCUUAAUGGUGCAGUAUCUAUGGGUGCAAAUCUAAGGGAAGAGGGUGGAAUCCAUUGUAAGCGUUGCCUUUUUAUGCCGAAGUCCUAUGAAGCUUUAGUUCAGCAUGUUAUUGAAGACCAUGAACGUAUAGGAUACCAAGUUACUGCAAUGAUAGGGCACACUAAUGUUGUGGUACCACGAUCCAAACCAUUAAUGCUGAUAGCACCAAAACCUCAAGAAAAGAAACCUAUAGGUAUGCCUCAAAGGCUGGGUCCAAUGUCUGCAGGAAAUGUCCGAACCCUUCCAUCCCAACAAAUGGUGAAUCGCCUCACUAUACCAAAGCCUUCAAUGAAUUCAAAUAUGAUGUCCAAUGUACAUAUGCAGCAGAAUAGUUAUGGAGUGAAGAACAUGGCAACUUACUCUGUUAGUCAACAGAUGAGAUUAGGAAUGAGUGGAAAUGCUUCAGUCGCAAUUCCUCAGCAGCCUCAGUCAAUGAAACAAAUGCUUCCUGGUGGAAAUGGAAGAUCUUACUCACUUGGCUCUGACCAGAGAUCACAAGCUCCUUUAAGAUAUUCCCUUCAGUCUGGAAAUUCAAGUCUUUCGCCUGGCCAUUUGAAGCCAUCACCCAUAAAUCCUCAUGUAUCAUCACGUGCAUUAGCUCAGUCUAGUUCAAAGCCACCGGUUACUGCCGCAGCUGCUGCUGCCGCAGCUGUGGCUGCUGCAAACUCUAAUUCAUCUACUCAAAAAUGGAAAAUAUGUACAAUAUGCAAUGAAUUGUUUCCUGAAAAUGUAUACAGCGUUCACUUUGAAAAAGAGCACAAAGCAGAAAAAGUACCAGCAGUUGCCAAUUACAUAAUGAAAAUACACAACUUCACAAGCAAGUGUCUAUACUGUAAUCGUUACUUACCCACUGAUACUUUGCUAAAUCACAUGUUAAUUCAUGGUCUUUCUUGCCCGUAUUGCCGUUCAACAUUUAAUGAUGUAGAAAAAAUGGCUGCUCAUAUGCGAAUGGUUCAUGCAGAUGAAGAAAUGGCACCAAAAACAGAUUCCACUUUGACUUUUGAUUUGACUUUACAACAAGGUAGUCACACAAAUAUACAUUUACUUGUAACUACAUACAACCUUAGAGACGCACCUGCAGAAUCUGUAGCUUAUCACGCUCAGAAUACAAAUCCUGCUGCUGCUGUUCCUCCACCACCCCCUCCAGUUCCUCCAAAACCUCAACCUAAAGUACUUGAGAAAACAGAAGCACCGGUGAAAAACUUACCACAAGCUGCUGUUCCAUACAAAAAAGAUGUAGGUAAAACUCUUUGCCCCCUCUGCUUUUCUAUUUUGAAAGGUCCUAUAUCUGACGCACUUGCACAUCAUUUAAGGGAGAGACAUCAGGUCAUUCAGACAGUUCAUCCUGUUGAGAAAAAGCUCACUUACAAAUGCAUCCAUUGUCUUGGUGUGUACACAAGUAAUAUGACUGCUUCAACCAUUACAUUACACCUUGUGCAUUGUAGAGGUGUGGGGAAAACUCAGAAUGGCCAAGAUAAGUCUUCUACACCAGCAAAAUUAAUUCCAUCGCCAUCAAUAGCUCCUUUGAAGCGCUCAAAUGAAAUUAUGGAUAUAUCGCUUAUGAAGAAAAGAAGGCUGGAAGAUGACCCAGAUGCACCUGUCAUUUUAGAUGAUAAACCAGAAGAACCAGUUGCCUUGGCAUUAGAUCCAAAGGGCCAUGAAGAUGAUUCAUAUGAAGCCAGAAAAGCAUUCCUUACAAAAUAUUUCAACAUGCAACCAUAUCCCAGUAGAAGGGAAAUUGAGAAGUUAGCAGCCAGUUUAUGGUUGUGGAAGAAUGACAUUGCUUCACAUUUCAGCAGCAAAAGGAAAAAAUCCAUUAGAGACUGUGAAAGGUAUAAACCUAGUGUCCUACUAGGCUUUAACAUGAAGGAAUUAAAUAAAGUAAGUCAUGAAAUGGAAUUUGGUGCAGAGUGGAUGUUCAAGAACAUUGAUGAAAAUCAGUCUAAACCGAAUGCUAGUAAAACUGUGGAAAAGAAAAAAGUAAAUGAAUCCAGUUCUUCAGAUAGUUUUGCAAAUGCGGAAGAAGACUCAAAUGAGAGUGUCAGUGAAGUGAGUCCAGACACAAAUGUUAAAAUUUCGAGUGAAAUUCCUGUUCAGAAUACAGACCCAGAUGUUUCUUUAUCUGUGCAAUCGCCAGAAAAGUCAGAAAAGGAAGAUUGUAAGACCAACAGUGUGUCUGAUACAUCUAAGGAAAUUGUUUUGGAUAACUCUGAUGCGGAAGAUCAUGAAGAGACUCCCAUGUUGAUAGAGGAAGGAUCUGAGUCCAACAGUGAGCCUUGUUCUCAGCAGGUGUCCGAUUUAGAAGAAAGUAUAACAGAGCAAAAGCCUGAAACCAUUGUAAAUGAUUCCAACCACAGCGAAAAUGCUGAAAGCAACCAGGUAGUGUCAAGCAAAGAAAGUAGAGAAACAGAGGUUAAUGAGGAGAAACCAAAAUGGAAAACAAAUUCAUUUUCUAAAGUUGAGGAGUUCUGGCAAAAAGAGAAGUCACCCGCUUUACCUAAUUCAGCUGUAAAUGAUGAAAGUUUGUCAAAUCAGCAAUUGGAAUGGCCAAGUAGCACAAAUGACAGUGAAGAAGGGGAACCAUUUGAAAACAUGACUGUUACAGAAUCCAUGCACAACAGUCUAACAGGUGUAGGACUUAGUAGCCAAGAAGUAUAGGUUAAAUUUCUUGACAUCACUGAUUAAAUACCAGUACUGUUUGUCAAAUAUUUUCAAUACAUAAUGACUUCUACAAUUAAAGUUUUACUGCCUAAUGGUAGGACUCAUAACAGGGCAAGUCUUAUGCCACUGUAAUUCCCAGGUUUCGAUACAAUCAGUGCUACUGGUUAAGUGCUUGUGAUAUCCGCUGUAAUCGGCACAUAAUGUGAAAGAUAACAUUGGAGACUACAGGAUGCACAGUGAUGUUUGUACGAAUUUGUUUUCCCAUGUAUGUCACAAUGCUAUGUUGUGGCUGUUUUAACCAUCUCUUUUUCCACAUGGUAGAAUAGUCUAAACCUAAAAGCUACCAGUUUUGUGUAUAAAAGAUUAUGACAAUAUGCCAUUUUUGUUUUCUUCUCAUUUAUUCAUUCUGAAUAGUUGAAAUGUAUAUUUGUACAGUCUUUUAGACCUAUUCAAAGUGAGGCUUAUAAAUUUGUUGUGUAUCCACUAUAGAUUUUUUUUUUUUUUAAAAGUGAUGGCCUGCUGUGUAAUAAACGCUGUAUCUAGGUUACCUAGCAAAGGCUUAAAACGUAUAGUAAAAUUAAAAAAAAAAGAAAACUUCGUUUUUGCACAUAACUUGUACAAUCUGAUAAUGGAGUCCAGACACAAAAUGUAGCUGGACUGUUGUACUAGAUACAUUUCUGAACCUCUUUGGAAAAAAGGAACGGUUUAACUGCUAAGUCAGGCAAUGUCUGAAAUAUUUUAAGCUAACGUUCAAUGCAAGAAAGUUUGCAACUCUUCACAUUUUGACACCUUUUAAAGAUCUGUAUAAUAUGUAUUGUGUUAAAAUAUCAUAAAACACAAUGCUGUAUUUUGGAUAUUUAGUUUCUUUAGUUAAUACCCACAUAGUGUAAAUUUAUACCAUCUAAUAUUUGACACACUGUUGUAGUACUUUGUGAUCUUUUUUUUCCCUUUGUAUUCAUUUAAGCAUCUGAAUAAAAUGCUGUAUUGUGCUUAA